AGCUAAAAUGAUGUCGUCAACUGCUGGAGGCGAAGUGUCCAUUAAUUCCGGCGAUCUUCUCCUUGGAACUCUUUCCACUUCGAUUACAAAGCUUGAGCAACAGAUUCGAGCGACUCAGUUGUCUCAAAAGAAACUAAAUUCAGAUUGUGAAACAAUGGCAGAGUACCUUCGAGACCUGAGCGAAUACAAGCAGCCUGUGGACUUGCUCCCCUACGUCGGAAAACUAAAUGAUUCUACAAUUCGAGUAAAUAAUACACAUCAGAAACUCGACGAUCUCCUCGAACGUCUCACAAAACUCCAGCGGCAGAUUGCUCGGGAAACAUAUAAAAAGAAGAACUCAAUUAAAGAACAAGAGCCGCCAGUUCAGCCAGAAAACUAGAAAUAUCAAGAAGAAUAUGACCUUCGCCCCUCUCGCGUCUCUGAAAAUUCACUUAUCACCUAACAAUUUUUCUCCAAAAUCACACCAUUUUCCCCAUUUGAAUGUAUGAAUAUUCCACUCACCAUCCGCUUCUAGUCAUUGUUUUUGCCAUUUUUCUACUUAAAACAAUAACAUAAACGAGUUUUUUGUGUGUUGAUUAACUUUCUCCAAUUUGAACACUAAACCCUGUCUGAUGCGGCAAACUUUUCCUAUUUCUUUUCGGCAGCUGUUUGUCUAUUUUCAUAUAAUCUUAUCAAUCGAAAGUUUUGCACUUUUGUGAUAAGAAACUUUGAUAA